AGGACAUCUCGCUGGAGGCCACAGGAGCUUUGUGAAGCCAGCAGGACACAACGUGUGGAGAGAUGACCAACCCAUAGCUAUAGAUGAGGGGAGUGGAACCUCAACCCAGCAUGUUAUUGUGAUAGAGCCUGCAGAUGCAGAGGCUGCAGGUCCUGGAGGAUCGUCUCUGGUCAAGCAGGAGAGGACUGAAGGGAGAGGACCCACGACACACCAGAGACAUCCAGACUGGAGCAGUGGCUGGAGUGGCGCCCCCUGUAGCCACGGAGGACCUCGCCACCACGACCCAGCCCAGGACCCGACCCAGCAUCCCGGAGGUCAGUGGAACGCUGAACGCCGUCCUCACGUCAGAGACCGACACCGAGAAUUUAACUGUAACACACAGGCUCUUACACACAGGAUCUGACCACGGAUCAGACCAAGAGAGACUGGUGCUGGGGCGACUGGGCUCUCCUCCUGCACCCGGCUCAAAGUAUUUACUUUACGGUAACCCGAGCCCGAGGAUGGUUCAUUCCCAUCAGGACUCAAGGGACACGUUAGAGACUGGCAAUGAUCUGUCUUGUUCUUACAAUACAGAGAUGAACUCUGGCAACAUGCCCUUGGGUUUAGAGACACAGACUGAUCUGUCUAGAGGGGACUGGAACCAGUACAGUAGUAGUGUAUACUCUGAAGGGUGCCUAGAUAAGAAAGGGGAGGUUAUAGUGAUAGAUGAGGUGACUGUGAAAGUGGAGGGCGACGCUCCUCUGACAUGGAAUGCAGACGAGACUCCAUUUAUGGGAAGGACACUCGUAGGGCAACACCAGUGA